AGAUUCUCUGCUAUUGAAAUUCUGAUGUCUCUUGACCGUGGCGGAGGCUUUCGGGGACUUACCGGAAACCAAACUUUUUUUCAAACUUGGUUCGUAGCAUACCCGAAAGAGGAAAAAGAGUAAAGAAGAAACAGUACUGACCUAUGUCUAUGUGCCACAGUUCCUCAUUUCUAAAUAAUCACGACAUGUUACAUUUUAGAUGGUUGUUACUGAAAGGACGCGAAUUAAGAACUUUCCACCCACGAUAAGAUAGACGUCGAGUGUUUUUGUCUACACAUAACGGAUCUUAGUUUUUUAUCAUGGAAGAUGGAGGGAAAGAGGACACAGCCAAGCCUAAAGAGGUCAAGUUGACAGGCAAAGCCGGCUGGUUGAAGAAAUCAUCUGGGAAGAUUUUUGGGACCUACAGGGAUCGCUACAUACGGCUGGAGCACACAGAGAUUGCAGUGUAUGAACAUGAGGACUUGAAGAACUGUCUAGAGAGGUUGGACCUGGAAAAGUAUGAUAAAUGCCAUGAAUUGCGAGGUGGAUUCAAGAAGAAAAACAGACUGAUAUUGAUAAGAUCCUCGAAAUGUGCAAAUAAGGUCCAAGAUGUAAAAUUACAGGCCCAAAGCCAAGAAGACAAGGAAGCUUGGAUCAAAGCAUUUAGUGAUGGCAUCAACAGAGCAAAAAAUAAAAUCUUUGAUGAGGUUAAGAUAGAUGAAGGCUGUUCUUUAGAGCAUGUGACACGCUCACGGCCCAAAGGAAACCGUGGCAGGAGACCACCAACGAGGAUACACAUGAAGGAAGUUGCAAAUGUAGGAUCUGAUGGAAUUCUGAGACUGGAUUUAGAUACUACUGACAGUAAGCCUAAUGGAACGCACCAUGUCAACACUGAGGAUAGUACUCCAAAAGGUGUCCAGACAGAUGUGGUGUCAACAGCUACCAGUGACCCCACUCAGGAUGAGUCCGCGAGUGAAGAACCCAGCCCCCAGAAGAAGGUUUUCAAGCCCCCAAUGCCUCCGUCCAAGCAGAAUAAACCGGUUUCCCCAUCAGAAGAAGAAACUCAUGGAGAGACGACAUCGGACAGUGGGGUUGACACAGGAGCACCACCCACUCCCUGCAAGCCCUGCAGCUCUCAGGAUGAUUUGUCCUCUGAUUCAUCCUCGGUAGACAACAAACCCCCCAAACCUCCAUCUAAAGAGAUGAAGCCCGCUCCUGUGGGUGGAACUGAGGCCAAGGAGACCCGAGAGGGAGAAUCAGGUGUCAAAGACAAGGAGGAGACUGAAGAUAAAACCGAGGAAAUAACUGAGGCCAUUCAACACAAUGAACAAGACCAGCCUACAAAUAUGGACAAUGUUAUUCCAAAAAAGGUCCUGAAGCCUUCAGUUGUAAUGUGGGGUGCACCUCUUGUUGAAACAUCCUCCGAACCAGAAGGGAAAGAAGUGCCUGAAGAAACACAGUCCACCCCAGAGCCAUUAAAAAAAAGCUCUGGCCCACCUGCCCCUCCUAAGAAGAAAUCGAUGAAGUGCCCUGUCAAAUCAGAAGAUGACGAACAGCCUAGUGAGGCUAAGAAAGGUGAAGAUAAUGAAAGCUCUUCAUCUAAGCUCAUCUCUGACUCGGCUGAGACUGAAACUAAUACUCCCUCAAUCUCUCCUGAGCCCUUGGCCGAGGUGGUUCCACCUUCGACCGUCUCAGGACAGAGCGUUGAGCCUUGUGAUCUAUCUGUUGGCAAGGUAGAGCAGGAGGAAGAGAAAUCUAUAGAUAGCGGACAGCACUCGGCAGAGGAAUCAGAGAAUGGAGACGCCACCACAACAUCCACCACUGUGCUGCGGGGCAGUCAGACUAAACUUGAUGGGGACAGCGGUGAGGCUGAGGAGACCGAUUCAUCAAGUGCACAAACACAGAGCAACAGUGAAGAUCCAUCCACCAAUGCCGAGACUCACAACACCACUCAAGAGGGAAGCUGUGGACGUGACUCUGCCCUGGAGUCUAGUGUGCGAAGCAAACCUCAAAUUCUGUCCCCACGCCCUCUCGUACCCCUGAAAUUCAAAUCAAAGAUGAAGUCUAUUUCCAUGGGAGACCUUCUGGCAGAGUGUUCUGAUCAAAAAGAGCAGGGAGACGAAAAUGUUUCUGCCACAUCUGUAGAAAGUGACAUGGAGGAUUUGCAGAGUGAAGUGACUGUGGCGCUUAAGAACACAGGAGAACUUCUGCAUACAAUAUCAGAUAAGCAGACAGCAGAGAAGAAUCAUCAGGGUGAAUUAACAGCAGGGUUGCUGCUAGCCUCAGCCAUGGAGAAGCUCAGGAAAGCUGAAGAGAUCUUAAGUGUGGCCAAGAGUUUCAAAGAGAAAAAGGCCCCAGACAAGGAGAGGAAGCGAAUGAGCUGGUGAUGCUUCUUAAGCAGCUGUUUGGCUUGUGGCUAUUCUUGCUUAGUAUCCAAUUUUAUGCAAGUUUUUUGCUUGUGAUCAAGUGCAAUUUUAAGUCCAUCACUUUGCUAGUAUUUCUAUCUUUGUACUAAGGAUAAUGGCUUGAAAACAAAAUAUUUUAUAUUAUUUAAUGUUUGUAACAUACUGAUAUCAAAUCACUCAUCUGUCCAACAUUUGUCGUGUAUUUCAUAAGGAAUUGAACCUUUAAAAGGGAAUUUCAGGUUUGGACAAUAUAAUCUCCAUCGACUGCUUCAGCAGCCACCUGUUGAUCCCCAAACUCAAUGAUUCCACACACAAAAAUGUCAGUGUAUCCCUCGGUCCUGUAAACGUACUGUUCACUUCACUUGAACAGUACAGUGGAAGCUAAUCGAAAACAUAAAUGAGAAAUGUACACAUAAAUGAAGUAGUUCACCUGCACAAUUCUUCGUUUUAAAUAUACGUUGGACUACUUUUUAGGAAUUGAGACCAUGGUUAAACUCCAGGUACGCCUUUGCAAUGACACGCCACAAAAACAAAGCACAAAGUGCACCCUAGUUUUACUUUCGGCUUUUUCUUCAGUUUGCGGAAUGAAAAAAAAACCUUUGGCAUUCUGAUAUUUUAUAAUGUAUAUGUUUGUUCUCCUUUUCCAUUUUCAUGUAAUGACGUGCGGCAAUGAGAUGUUUCAGAAUGGUUCUUAGUGGUUGGGGACAGUGUGUUGCUAAUGCAGAAGGCAGACAUUACAUUUACACCUGGAAUGUACCUGAAAUAUGUUUCUUUGACAUUUUUUAAGAAAUGCAUUGUAUGUUUGAUUCAUAUUUCCCAUUUUUACACAUUGCAAAUGACCGGUUCCUAUUGACAUUGUGUUGCCCAUAAUUCAAAGCUCAUUCUCUGCUUGUGUACAUUUGUUCACUGUAUUCAGUGAUGAGGGUACAUUACAUAUAUCAAUUUCAACUUCUGCCCAUUUCUGCACCUGUUCUUAUACAAGGCAGCAUUUGUGAAAAACACCAGUAGGUUUACCUCUGCUUUCUUGGUAUCUCCCCGACACUCAUCUCUCUGUGCUGUGGUUAUCACACAGCAGGAUUUAAUUUUAGUGCACAGGAACUUGCUACUUCCUGAGCACUUUACCCCACAGCAAUACAUGUACUCAUACAGGGUAAUGCAUGACAAGUAACAUUUGUUUGUUGCUGUGCAAAACUUUAACCCUAGUGUAAUCAACAAGUCAACGACAGAACUGCUCUCUUUGUUUCACUGUUAACACUGAGAUCAAAUUUCUUUUCUUUGUAUGUACAAUGCAGGGUUUUACUCAAGAAGAGCGUUUGAUAUAACCCAGAUAAUGUAAUGUCCUUUUAUACAGAUGAGUUUCUCUUUAAAAAUGUGGUACAUUCAUGUAUGAUUUGUGACUGCAUUCACAGUACUCGGCAUGUGUGCAUGCAGAGGUUAAACAUAGGCAUCUGGUCAAUUGUAAUGUAAAACAUUAUUGCCUCCAAUCAGUGUUUACAGUGCAACCAGUAACAUUUUCAUCAUUCCUGUGAAUCUGGUUGGCCUAGAACCUAUCCUUUUGACAUAGGUUUAAAACAUUCAAAUAUGUGAAUUAUUUCUUUUGAACAUAAAAGUGUAAAUAAGAAAAUUGACUAAAAAUGCUUAAUAUUUAAGUAAUUAAUCUCCUGACACAUCCCCUUGUCAUAGGUCACUUUGAAUGAGUUUGGUACAAUGGAAGAAGGGAGUGUUAAGAUUGAAAUGUCGGAUAGUCCACUGAUAAUUAGGCUCCCCACUGUUAAACGGCACCACUGUUCAGUGUUUCCUGUAUUAUGUUUUUGACUGUAACAUUGUACAAAAUUGAUUUACUAAUUAAACUAAUGCAGUUUAAAUUUAUGAUCGUGUUAAACCUGCUAAGCAUGUCCUAAAUAAAGAUUGUCUGUACUAAUGAUUA